AUGGUGCCAGAACUCAAGCGGAGCAAGUGCACAAGGGUCAAGGCGCAGGUGGAGAUGAGGCUGGUUGGGGCAGGGAGGCUGGCAGUAAGGGAUGGAAAGAGAGAGAGGAAGUGCGAAGAGGAGAAGGAGGAGGAGAAAAUUGAGGAGGAGGAGGAGAGAUUGGAGUUUACGCUACCAUCGUGA